GGGGAGGGAAUAGCAAUGAAGGUUCCAAAGCAGUUAGAAGGUUUCCCAGGCACCUAAGAAAAUGUUCAAGUCUCAACAACCCACAAAGUCUGUGAAUCUUAUGACAGAAAGACCAGUGUUGAAACAGUACCAUCGGAAUCCACCUGUGGUGAAAAACUGGUCCAUAUACUCCCGAAGGACCUGCCGAAAUGCCCCUCAGUGGAUAAUCAUGCCCAUCUGUACUACAUUCAGCACUUUUGCCUUCCUGGCAUUGGUCAUAUGUUCUUCUGCUACAAACAGAUGGGUAGUGUUAAAAUCGGCCGACCAUGCAUGGGAGCAGCAUGUUGGCAUUUGGCACGAUUGCUUAAGCAAAAACUGCUCGACAGAUAUUACUUCUUGGCCUACGCUCCAGACUGCUCAAGGUUUCAUGAUCACAGCUGUCCUUUGUAGCUUCCUGCUUACUACAUGGUUGUUUGGUUUUUUCUGUACUUCUCUUUCAUUGAAGAUGCAUUGCCAUCUUAUCUUCAUUAUCCUUUCCUUCUUGACAGGCACUUGUCUCUUCAUUGCCAUAAUGCUGCUUGUGUUCCUUUUGGAAAAAGUAAAUGGAGUACAAAACACUUACUAUGUAGUCCUGUGGCCUUUUUAUAUGCUGUGGAUAGCUUUUAUUCUGCUCCUGACUUGCUGUAUCCUGGGAAUCAUUUCUUAUAAGGGGCCAGACCAGAAAAGUAAGAAUAUUAUAAGUUUAAUGAAUACAGAACCUAGACAAAGAAACUACUCAAGAACCAGUGUGAACAGACAAUCAUUUACACUGACAUCUUUAUCUGAAAAAAAAUCCCCUGGCAUGUUACAGUUUAACAGACCUGCCUUGGGGAGUAAUUGGACAACUGAUAGAGAAGUUUAUGAUGUAUUUAGAGAUGUGGAAAAACGUGACAUCAAGACCACUAGUGAGCAUUCUAUUCUACCUAUAAAAAUGUGUGCAACCAUGCCUGAGUGUAAUUCUAUCAUGUGUGAACAUACCUGUCAAGUAACAGGUUUGUCUAAGUGAAAGCAGGACUAGAUUAUGGGUGGGCCAAUAGUCCUGUGGGAUAAAUAAGCCUCUUCCUCAAAAAUGUAUCUUGAAAUAAAAUCAAUGCCCCACUCC